UUUUGAUGGCUUGAGUUCUGAUCAAAUGACUUAGAAUUUUACAAUAAAACUGGUUGAGUAAGUGAAAAAGCACCCAGCCCAGUUUGAAAGUUUAAGUAAUUUUUCAAAACAGGCCUUAUAAAAAAGAUUUAAAGAUGCCACCCAAAUUAAAAUGUACAUCUGACUGUAUCCAUAAAAAAUCCAAUACAGGCCUUUCUAAACAGAAGUCAAUAGAAGAUUAUGUAUCUGAAAUUGUUCUCAAGAUAGAAUUUGAAGAUUUGAUCGAAAUUGAAGACAUUUUUGAAAAGCUAAACAAGAUGAAGUUUCAUACAGAAAAAAAACACAGAUUGAAUUACUCAAAAGUUAUUCAAUGUUUAGGUGAAGUUGGUAUUGAAGAGAUUCUUUAUGUAAUACGACUAAGCUUCCUGGAAUAUUGUGAUGAUCAUAUGUACAGUCAAUUGAAUAUUUAUAUGGGCGUUCUAGUGGCGGUUAUGAUUAGUGCCGGAGUUAUCAAACGAGUGUUAUACAGACGCGAUUCUAUCAUACCUCAUUUAUUUAAAUGUCUGCAACAAACAUAUACGACAAGUCUCGUCUCAAAAACAUACGAAACUCUGUUGCGUCUUUUAUUAGUGGGAACAAAGCUUCUCGUCGAUUUGUAUCUCAAGCUCGGAAUUUUAACCAUAAUGAACAAACAUUUAGAACACGCAGCAACAGUGACUUAUUGUGGCAUCGAUGAAGUUGAGGCACUUUACAUGGCCAAGAUUUUAAGGUUGAUGGUUGAGUAUGGUAAUCGACAGGCACGUUGUGCCGUUAAAAAAUCACGAGUUUUGAUGAUUCUUAAAAAAGAUGACGAUUAUAUUGAUGAUGAUAUGAUUGUAGAAGAGUUAAUGGAGAUCGAUGAGUAUAUCAAAGGAAAAGCUCGUAAUCAUUUCAACCGAUUUAUCGAGGAUAGCGCUCGAAUACGAUUAUACAACGAAAUGCCAGACAAUAAUUUUUUCUGCUCAUCACCACACUGUCGUAAAUUAGUGAAACAUGGACAAUACAGGUAUUGUGGAAAUUGCAAACUAACGAGAUAUUGUGAUAGGGCAUGUCAGAAAUAUCACUGGAGUGUCGGACAUAAACAUAGAUGCCUUAAACUCAGUAAUAUAAUUGAUGUUUAAAUUCAUUGGAGUGUCGGUUGUAAGCAUAGAUGCUUUGAACUCGGUUAUAUUGGAGUGACGGUUAUAAACAUAGAUGCUUUGAACUUGGUAAUAUUGAAGUGUGGGUUAUAAACAUAGAUCCCUUGAACUCGAUAAUAUUAUUCAUUGUAGUGUCAGUUAUAAACAAAGAUGCCUUGAACUCGGUAAUAUAAUUUAUUGGAAUGCUGGUUAUAAACAUAGAUGCCUUGAACUUGGUAAUAUAAUUUAUUGAGUGUCAGUUAUAAACAUACAUGUCUUGAACUCCGUAAUAUAAUUUAUUGGAGUGUCGGUUAUAAACAUAGAUGCCUUGAACUCGAUAAUAUAAUUUAAUGGAGUGUCGGUUAUAAACAUAGUUGCUUUGAACUUGGUAAUAUAAUUUACUGGAGAGUCGGUUAUAAACAUAGUUGCUUUGAACUCGGUAAUAUAAUUUAUUGGAGUGUCGGUUAUAAACAUAAUUGCCUUGAACUCGAUAAAAUAUUUCAUUGGAGUAUCGGCUAUAAACAUAGAUGUUUUGAACUCAGUAAUAUAAUUUAUUGGAGUGUCGGUGACUCGGUUAAAAACAUAGAUUUUUUAAACUCAGUAAUAUAAUUGACGUCUAAAUUUAUUCCCAAGAGUGUUUGGACGUAAAAAUAGAUGUCUUAAACUGGUUAAUAUACUCUGACCCAUUGUUGAUAAAGAGUUUGAACUAAUGUAGAAAUAUAAUACAAUAAGAAAUACCGAUAUGUGCUUCCAUCUCGAUUUAUUGUCAUUACAGUGCAAGUGUCGUUUUAUUUCUUUGUUUUUGCUAUAAUAUUUGACUGGCAUUUGGCGAUAGAGCAGAUUAUAAAUAGAAUGCCAUCCCUGGUUUAUUACACAUAUAGCCUGACAUUUCAACAACAACGGUGUUUCAUGUUCAUUCCAUAUAACAUUUAUUUACCAUUUCUACUGCCCAAGCAGUUAAAAACUUCAGGUGCAAGGUUGCUUUACCAAAUGCAGUCGUCGUCGUUUGUAUUUUAGAGGAGAACUGAAAAAAAGCUCCCCUUAAUCAACAAAUUGAAAAAAUCGCACGCCAAAAAAAUCUCUCCCAGUUUCGAUAAGAAGAGUGAUUUAGACAUUAAAGGAGAGUGAUUUAGAAAUGAAGGAGAGUGAUCUGAUAUUAAGGAGAGUGAUUAGUUGUGUGGAUGGGAAAUUGUUCUGAAGAUCAAUAACUGCAUGUAAUGGGGUCAUUCCUGGUUUCAUAAAUGAUAAUAAACCACCUAUGACUUUGUAAAGAAGAGCAAUUUUCAUUUUUAAGAAGAGGGAAAAAAAACUCCCCUCAGUUGACAUACAAGUGUGCUGCAGGUGCUCAAGUGCUAUCACUCACCUUAAAAAACAAUGACUGCAAAUGCCAUCGAAGGAAUAAAAUAAUAUUUGAAGAACUUCCAUCAACAAAUGGCUGAACAUUCUCUAUAGUUUGUUUUGAACUUGGUAGAAAUCCUGUUAGUUUGAAUGACUAAAGUUUGUCAUAAUAAAAUAAGAAAUCGAUAAAUGGCAGACAGCCGUUCCAGAUUUGCCUCAUGAAACUGCUACAGUACUAGUUCCGUUCUUAUAUGUGAACUCGUCAGCAUGAAUACUCAAGUGAAAUUGUCUGUUUUAUCCAAAUUUCAGCAUUCAAAAAAUAUUGACAACAAACAAUUGAUAUGACUUGUGAAUCUCUCUGUAUAAAUUUUGUUGACUUGUUAAAAAUAUGUUGUUUUUUAUGCAAAGGAUGUGUUUUCAGUUUUAUUUUACAAUUCAUGGUUUAUAUUUAUCUAGUCUCACUGACAAGUGGAUAUUAUUUUCAUUUUUGUUCUAUUUUAAUCAUUAAAUGUGUAUUUAAAAUCAGGUUGUUUGAUCCUAUAGUCCUGGAGCCUGUUUCACGAAAACUUAAACUAAGAUACAAUCGAAAUUUUAGUAGACACUUCAAUUUUGAUUGGCUAAUCACAAAAAUCAAUCUAAUAUUAUCCAAUCAAAUUACUAAAAUUUGAAUUUUAUUUUAGUUAAAAUUUUGUGAAACAGGCCUCUGUUUUAUCUUGAAAUAUGAAAACCAGAUAAGAGGCUGACCACUGAAUGAUUUAAUAUGUGCACUUGAGAUCAUAAAGUCUGUCAUUGAGUCAAGUGGCCAUGUUUUGAGCUCACAAGGAGUAAGGUGGCCUGUCCAACCAUAUGUUAGUCCCAAAAUUACCACGUUUUGAGCUCACAAGGAGUAUGGUGGACUGUCCAACCAUAUGUUAAGUCCCAAAAUGACCUAGUUUGUGGCAAGUGGAUGAUUAACCCCAUUUCUCCUUCUAUAUAUAUAUAUAUACAUCUUUCUGCUGUUUGUUCUAGAAUACUGGCCUUAUUUCUCUUUUUGUCCCAGGGAGGUUGGAUGGCCAUUUGGUUAAUGCAUACAGGUUGCAUCAUAAGGUCUGUAAUUAAGUCGGCGUGGUUUCAAUUGCCCGCUUGUAUGUAAUAAUUAGGGUCACCUGUCCAACCUCAUGGGUUUUCUCCAUGUCCUCUGUCCGCUGCGAAAUCAAAUUAAUGAAAUAAAAUUGAACCAUGUUAGUCCCAAAAUGACCUAGUUUGUUUUGAGUGGACUAAACCCCUAAAGGAUGUAGCAUAUGGAUUGGCUAAGAUUUUUAUCUCACUACAAAUUAUAGCUUCUGGCCAAUGAGAGAGAGAGAGAGAGAAAUUGGGUUUAACAUCCCCUAAGUUUAGUAUGGGAUGUGAGGAAGAACUGAAUGAAUAUUGAGAGAAGAAAAGGUACAUUGUGGAAUAAUAUAUACCCCUUGAGUUUUCAUGAAUACGGUCCAAGCUUUAUCUGGUUUUCAAAAUGAAAUACCAAUACUUUAUAUUGAAAAUGACAAUUCAAUAUUUUGUUGAGGUGUUAAUUGUUUGUUUUUAUAUAUCUGGUUUUUAAAAUGAAAUACCAAUACUUUAUAUUGAAAAGGACAAUUCAAUAUUUCGUUGAGGUGUUAAUUGUUUGUUUUUAUAUAUGUGAUAUAUAAAUAUCUUCCAUCCUCAAGACAUUGAUUCUUCUGUUAUAAUAAAGUUUGUAAACUG